ACACCCCCCAACCCCGCCCGCCGCGGCCGCGCACCUUCCUCGUGACGUUCCGCACGUACGGACAGGUGGUGCAGGCGAAGCGGUGGCAGCGCGGCCCUUCCUCGGCCACCAGCACGUUACCGCACGCCGGGCAGAAAAGCAACAUCGUCGGAUCGCCUCUUCCGGCGGGAUGGCGGAGGCGGAGGAGGAGCUGGCUCACGCCGAUGUGCUCGAGCUGUUCCAGGCGGCGCUGGCGCGGCUCGUGCAGGACCCGCUGCUCUGCGACCUCCCGCCGCAGGUGACGCCGGAGGAGAUCGGCUCUCAAGUGGCGCUGGAGUACGGGCAGGCCAUGACGGUGCGAGUGUGCAAGGCGGACGGCGAGAGCAUG